GGAGGAGGGUGGUGGGAAGAAGAAAGGCUAAGGUGAGUGGAAGAGGUUGCACUGCAGCGCAAUGCCAUCCUUUUUGUUACUCAGUUUCUCUUCUUGCGCUGUGCUCAGCUGGGCGCUCUUGGCAAGCGGCGGCAGCAGCAGCUGGAGCAGCAGCGGAAACCGAGGCGGCGGGCUCCCUGUGGUGGAGGAGACGCAGAAGAUCGAGGUUCUGGUGCUUCUACCCAAGGACAAUGCUUACAUGUUCUCCUUGGCCAGGGUCAAGCCUGCCAUCGAGUACGCGCUGCGGAGCGUGGAGGAAAAUGGGACUAGGCGACAGCUGCUUCCACAGGGCUACAGCUUCCAGGUGGAUUAUCAGGACUCUCACUGCGGCAACCAGGCACUCUUCAGUUUAGUUGAUCGAGUGGCGGUGGCCCGGGGGUCUAAACCAGACUUGAUCCUGGGCCCCGUCUGCGAAUAUGCGGCAGCACCUGUGGCCCGGCUGGCGUCGCACUGGGACCUGCCCAUGCUGUCUGCUGGAGCUCUUGCCGCUGGCUUCAAGCAUAAGGAGAGCGAGUUCUCGCACCUUACCCGUGUGGCACCCGCCUACGCCAAGAUGGGAGAGAUGAUGCUCGCCUUGUUCCGGCAUCAACAGUGGAGCCGGGCUGCCCUGAUCUACAGUGAUGACAAGCUGGAGCGGAACUGUUACUUCACCCUGGAGGGGGUCCAUGAGGUCUUCCAGGAGGAGGGUUUGCACACAUCCGCCUACAGCUUCGACGAGACCAAAGCCAUAGACGCAGAAGAGAUCGUGCGCUACAUCCAGGCCAGCGAGAGGGUUGUGAUCAUGUGCGCCAAUAGCAAUACCGUCCGGAACAUCAUGUUAGCUGCUCACCGGCAAGGAAUGACCAAGGGGGACUAUGCUUUCUUCAAUAUUGAACUCUUCAACAGCUCUUCAUAUGGAGAUGGCUCGUGGAAGCGAGGAGACAAACACGACCUUGAAGCUAAGCAAGCGUACUCAUCCCUCCAAACAGUUACUCUACUGAGGACAGUGAAACCCGAGUUUGAGAAGUUUUCCAUGGAGGUGAAAAGUUCUGUUGAGAAACAAGGACUCAAUGAAGAGGAUUACGUUAACAUGUUUGUGGAAGGAUUCCAUGAUGCCAUUCUUCUCUAUGGUCUGGCUUUACAUGAAGUUCUGAGGGCUGGCUAUAGCAAGAAGGAUGGAGGAAAAAUCAUUCAGCAGACUAGGAACAGAACAUUUGAAGGUAUUGCAGGACAGGUGUCCAUUGAUGCCAAUGGAGACAGAUACGGUGAUUUCUCUGUGAUUGCAAUGACCGAUACGGAAGCAGGUACCCAAGAGGUUAUUGGUGAUUAUUUUGGAAAACUGGGUCGUUUUGAAAUGAGACCAAAUGUAAAGUACCCUGGGGGAUCUUUAAAACUGAGAAUAGAUGAAACCAGAGUUAUGGAGCACACAAACUCUUCUCCUUGUAAAUCACCAGGUGGCCUAGAAGAAUCAGCAGUCACAGGAAUUGUUGUGGGGGCCUUACUAGGAGCUGGCUUGUUAAUGGCCUUCUACUUUUUCAGGAAGAAAUACAGAAUAACCAUUGAGAGACGAAACCAGCAGGAAGAAAAUAACAUCGGAAAGCAUCGGGAGUUAAGGGAAGAUUCUAUCAGAUCCCAUUUUUCGGUGGCAUAAGGGAAGCCCUCCCAUUCUUCCUCAAAUGCUUUAAGAAGAUGGACGGAAUGAGAGAUAUCAGUGUAACAAAAGAGGGGCUCUUGAAGAACUCAUUCUUUUAAAAAGUUAGCUCAUUUUGUUCUUAAAUUUCUUUAGAAGCUCAGGAAUGAUUUACUAAUCACAUUAUGCCACAUGGCCUUUCAUCUCAUGACAAGCAAAUAUAAGGGUGAAGUGUUAUUCUAUAAGAUAUUCUUAAUUGCUUAGAGGGUCUGUGGAUAUGUUUAUGGUUCUUAGGUCUGAUGUCUCUAGAAUUUAAUGGCUCUACCAGCUAUGUCAAGCAAGGAUAUAAAGCUGUGGUUUCUUGAACUGAAAAGCUGCCUUACGACCUGUAUAAAAGUAUCUUUACUUAUAGAUUAAUCUUGAAAAUGAUUUUAACAUUCAGAACUCUCUUAAUGAGAAAUGAAAAGGUUGGAAAAACAGUGUCACUCCCUGGAGCUGGUAGGCAGUUUGGAAGUUCAGGACUGACUUGUCCUUCAGCCAAUAUGUACUGAAAGAAUCUGACUACAUGUCUAAAAUGAGAAUCUCCUCCCUGCCCCUCUUCCAGGGAAAAAAAAUAAAUUGUAAAUACUAGUGAGAUAUGAGAAGUUUUGUACAGGAAAAAAAACUAUUAUGAGCCUUUUUUAAUGGGUAGGGGAAAUCUAUUCCACAGUAGCAUUUUAGACAUUUUUAUCUUUUUCUUUUGCUCUUAGGAAACAUCUAUUUUUUCACACAUAUUCAAAAUUCAAAAAUAAGAGAGGAGUGAAAUAUUUAUAAAACAUGGGAAAGUGCAUCAAACUAUAAUGCUACAAAACAGUGUGUUUCUUGCUAUACUGGAGACUGAAAAGCAUAUUUCUUCUUCUCCUUUCCCUUGGCCUUGAUUGAAUAGGAAUUGAUCUCUUAAUGAUGAAGAGGCAGAACCGGGGUCCCCUUUAAAGUCCAAACAGUUGGCAUAGCAGUGAAUCAGAUGCUGAAAGCAAGUUACCUCAGUGACACGAAAGAUCAAUGUCUCUAAGUACAGGAGUAGAAGUAAGUUUUAUAAAUAAAGGAAGGCAACUUUUCUUUCUGGAGGACAACUUAGAACCUAACACCAGAGUGCAACAUCUAAAGGACAGCUUAUCACCUAAGGUAUAAACCUAUCAGUACUUGUCACCUCUGACAUAAAUAUAGUGAAAGAUUAUAAUAAGCUAUAAUUCAACUGAUACAAAAAGGUAAUCAUUAAAAAUACAUUACAGUUAUCUGGUAAGAGCAAGAAUGGAAUUAUCUCCUAUGACCCUCCAACUACACCCACGAACCCUUAUGUUUUUCUAGUAAUUCUUAUUUACUACCAGACAUGGUAUUAGGAUUUCAAUUUGAUCGAUCAAAUUUUUUCCUGGCCUCUCAGCGUAUAUCUAGCACAAUCCAUGUAGAUUUAGGUGUCAAGGUGCCAUUUUAGCUCCUUGUUUGGGAGAGGUAAAAAUCCCAGAAAGCUGGGAAGUUUCUUUCUGAAGUAAUAAUGAUUAUGUUUUAGCUCACAGAGUGGAUUGCUGACAAUGCCUUCUCAAAACUUGAAUCCUUUGUCACUCAGUCCAUGGCUCACUUUCCUCAAUGACUUCUGCCUCUGUUCAAAAACAAAUAGGUUGAUUGUUUUUUGGAUGUUUUUUUUUUCCCCUUUCAUUUUUAAAUAAGGUGAAGGUAGCCAGGAGACACAGAAAAGAAAUUUUUCCACCUUCUAAUUUCAUGUACUGAUAAAAUUGCUUCAAAAUCUCUGUGACAUUCACCCUCACAGUGAAUUCCUGAAUGUAAGAAAAACUAAAUUGAAAAGAAGGCAAUAAAGGUAGGUUCUAAGAGUGCUUAGAUGCUGAAAUAAUAAUAAAAAUGAAAUAAUAAUAAAAAUUGAUGCAAAAACCAGCUAUCAACUAGUGCUUCACAAAAAAUGAAAAUGAUUGAAAGCUUUACAUCCAUGGCAUCUCCGUGAACCUGAGCAAGCGCAUCUUUGUUGUGGUUAUUCACAGAUGUUUUACAUAAAGAAUUAACAGAGUAACUUUUAGGUAUCAUUUUGCUGUUGUCCAUUGCUGUAUAUCAUUUGUAAAAAAAAAAAUUCUGUUUAAAUUUCUACCAUGUGAGCAGACUCUAAAAGAAAAUUUUGCUGGAGGAGCUGGGCCACAAGUUACAGAGAAUUUGAUGCACUCAAAAUGAUCCAAACCUAGUGCAGAAUGUGGGGAAAAAAUGUCAUAAAUGUUAAGGGUCUUACAUCCCUACACAUCAUUCUAAUUGCUUCUUAAAGUGGAUCUCUUGAACCAAAACCUACUUCCUCAUUAAAAUGACUGAUCCAUUCUCUCUUAUCCAUAGAGAACUACCCCUCUGUUUUGUAAAUAAGAAGACAAGCACAGAGAGGUCAGAUGUCUUGCCCAAAGUUACAUAAAAAGCCAAAGUUAGGUCUCUUGAGAUUCUGAUUUUGGGUUUAGAAUUAAAACUGAUAAACCACACAGUUACACUUAUGUCUCUGAGAAUUGGCACUCAUACUCUAAAAUCAGUAUUCUUUUUUUUUCCAAAUUUUAAUAUAAAUGGAAUUUGGAUUUGUAGAUCACUUUUAUAAAAUUUUAUGUUUUAAAAAAAUAAGUACUACCUCUUAGUAUUUUUUAGUCUGGCUACAAAAAGAUUAAAAGUAAUAGUGAUCAAAAUAAACAUAAUUAUUCUUGGCUUUGGAAAAAAAGUUUUUUCGUUGUCUAUCACCAAUCUAUUCAGAUGGUGCUUUUACCUUGGAGGUAAAAGAUUUUUUGCCAGCUCUUCAACAAAUUGCCUUUAAGAAUCAGCAGCUCCUAUUUCCUAUAGCCAUAAGCUCAUUUCCAAAUUCCAUGAACCAGUUCUUUACAUUUCAGACUCUUUUUAGAAGGGGUGGAGAGGUUGGAAGGAGGCUUCCUUUUCCCAGGCUGCCAGUGAAUGGCUUUUUUUCCCCCUUCCCAUCAAAAUGUCAUGAUUUCUUUCAGAAUUCCUUAUUGUUUUCCUUUUCUUCCCAACUCAUGGGUUCAUUGCUUGUGCAGUCACCACCCCAUCUAAGCUCUUCUUAUGCCAUAGAUGCCCCAGAAUCAUUGAACUGGAAAGGACUUUAUGGAUUUGAUGCAAACUACAACCCCUCCCCGUCUCUCUCAUUCUACAAACAAGGGGAAACUGAGACCCAGAGAAAGGAAGUAAUUUUCCCAGAGUCCUUAUAUAAAUGAAUUCUGCUACGCUCUAAAAACAGAGAUUUGAUUUUAAGAGUUAAUUCAGCUAACUUGAAAAUCUACAACCAGUCAAAGACAAGACCUUUGAAAAUCGUUUCGAGAGAAGGGAAUACAUGGCCUGAUGGCUUCUGGUUAAAUCAGCAUACCCAAACAACUCAUGGAAAUAUUCUCAGAAAAGAGACAGAAAAUUGUGCCAAAUACAUUGAAUGUCAGAAAGCACACUACUGUAUUAAAAUAAAAUGCAUAGCAAUGUUCCUUAGCAACAGAGCAAAUUGAUAGAUUGCUUGAAAGUGGUGAAAAUAAUCAUUUUAAAAUAUUGCCAAGCAAAAUAAUGGCAGUUCAAUCAAAGUUUUGUGGUAGUUUCUUUUAUUUUAGCCUGUGGCUCAGUACUUAAUGAGCCGAGUAAUAAUGAACUAAAUUCUAUUGCUUAGCUAAGUGGUGGAAAAAUAUGAACCUCCUCAGUUUGAGGUGAGAAGUUGGAAGAGGGGAGUGAGAAAUGAUGGUUUGUCAGAGUGUUUGUCUUUUUAGCACCCUCUUAAAGUAGUUUAACACCAACAAUCUGAUCCCCAAUCAAUAGCUCCCUGUGAGCCAAACUAGUGAGACAGAUAGUCACAGACAUGUCAGGACUUACAAAAAUGCCAGGAAAAGGGAAAGUUGCAGGUAUUCAUGGGAGGGUCAGUUAAUGAAGCAGGGUGUGGUAGAGCCGGCUUCCAUAGGCUGCACGCCAUUCACAGGUGUUAUUAAAGGUAGCCUCUGCAACUUGCCUAUGCAGGUAAAAACCUGUGACUCAAGCACGCAUACUUUUUGAAGGAAGAAAAGAUAAAAUAUUCCAGUCUUGUAGGAAUCCUUAUGCUAGCUCUAGACAAACUUUUGGAGUAGUAUAAAUCAGUCUUAUCUAGAUAUGGAAAAAAACCCCCAAGCUCUUUGACUUUCAAAGCUUACACUUCACAGAUGUCUCUUGUAAGAGAGAUGCUCAAAAGCUAGAUUCUGGUAUAAAUAUGACUUUCAAAGGGUGCUAGAUUGGACUCUGUUCAAAUUUCUCAUUAACCACUAAUGAAUUCUACAUCAAAGGCAAAAUAGUGGUCUAGACAAUCUGAUGUUUUUAAUAUGAAUAUUUUAAGAUAUGAUACUUAAGACUCAGAGUAGGUUCAAUAUGAAUGGAGCAUCAGAAAUAAAAAUCCUUGCAUUUUAUUAGUUCUUUGAUGUUUCAGGUGUUUGGAUAGAUCUUAGGAUAAGCUUGAAUAAGCUAAAAACUGCUUUGAUUGUUUAAAAUUAGCUAAGUUGCUUGGCACAGGGGGAAGAGAAACACCUUUUGUCAACUGUAAAGCAUUACUAUGCAUUACAUUUAGCUUUUCUUUAUUCAUUAGGGAACAACAAGCAUUAAAAGUGGGCAGAAGAUAGCAUGAAAUGAGGAGGUUUGGGAUUUUUACAUAGUGGCUUAUUCAUUCAAUGCCCACAUCAAACAGUGUUGCCCGAGGAGGUGUUUUACUCCCAUUAGUGGGUUAAGAGGCCUCCUAAAAAGCCUGGAGAUAUAACCAUGUAGGUUUGGCCUGCAUACCCACAUGAUGUGUCCUGGAAAUAUUGACUUGUUUCCAUUUGUAAGGCAUGUAAGUGAAACCAAGAGGGAUCAGGGUAGAAACUGUAGAUGUCUAAUGGCUCCUUCUCUUCUGGAUGAUAAUGUUCAUCCUUAAAUUAAUCACAGAGACGGGCUCAAGACAAUACAAACCUACUCACCCACUCUCAGGCUGGUAGGGAGAGAAAGCAAAAGCUGCACAAGCUACAUCCUGUGCAUUGUACCAAUGUAAGUAGAACUAUCUGCAUAUAAUGUGGUUUAAUUUAUUGUCAUUUUGUGUAGAAAGUAUUAAUGACUGUGGAUAUAACCUCUGUUUAUUUUUGUGAUAUAUUUUAUUUCUGGUGCAAGUUGAGCAUUUAAAGUAUCUACUUCAUUUGCCAUGUUGACUUGUGUGUAUAUGUUCUUGUAAAUGUUUCUAUUAAGCAAGAAUGUCACAUACCCAGAGUAUAACAAUAUGUUCACAUUAAAAAAAUAUCCCACAAAGAA